UGAAGAAUAGUAACAUUGAACAUACUCCAACUCCACUCUCAACACGACAUUCAAGACGUUUCGCCUAACCUUUCAAAACACAGAGAAUUACUCUUUUAGGAUAAACAAGUUUUUUAUAUUUUGUCGAUAGUUUCUGGAUUUAAUAUGAUAUGAUGCAUCGACUGUUACGACUGAGUCGUGCAGGUUUAAGUUGUUUAGAUGCUCCAACUGUUAACCAAGUGGUACGGCAACCUACCAAUCUGGUGUUUGUGCGAAAUGCAAGCAGCAAAGGUUUCGUAAUGGGACGCCAGAUUAGAACAUUGAACAAACUUUUAACUGGCAAAAAGAAGAGUAAGAAAAACUGGAAAAUAGACGACGACGUACCGAAACUACCGUCGAUAGAGUCACUCAGCAAUCCGACGUCGCAUGGAAAAUCUUCUCAACGUAGAGUACAUGUAUUAAACAAGUUGUUUAUGCGACACAUUACCGAUUAUAUGGCCACAGAUAGCACAUUCACCGGAUAUGCCUUAGAAAUAUCUCGAGUCAACAUCACAACAGACUUCAAAUUGGUCAAUGUCUAUUGGUUGGCCAGAGGGGACGGAACUGACGAACGACUGGAGGCUAUGCUGUCCAAAUCGACGGGCAUGUUGCGAUAUAAUUUGAGUACAUUGAGGUUGAUGGGCGAGGUGCCAAUGAUUAAGUUUGUCAAAGACAGAUUCUAUGCGAAAAGUGUUGAAGUGGAUAUGCUGCUGAAAGUGGCUGACUUUGGCGAUGAUUAUGUGCCAUCUACACCAUCGCAAAUGAUUAGGAAUGACCUGUCGGGCAAUACUAUUCCAUUUGACAACGAGCUUCCCGAGAUGACGCACACCAUUUUGGGACUGAAUCAUGCAGAAAUUAUGAAUCGCAUCAAACACAACAUGUCAAAGGCGAAACAAGCCUGGGAAAAGUAUGAAACGGUACUGCCGACCAGUUUGCAGGAAAAGUAUGCACCUGCCGGAGAAGAAAGGAGAGAUACCAUUGUCCGACUACGCGAAGAAGAAUUUCAAGCAUUUUUGAGUCAGCGCAGAACACGAAAUAGAAAAGAGAGGAGACCACGUCCAGCUACGGAGAAUGAUGAUUUUGAUGAGGACGAUGCUGCCGAUCUGUCCGAAGAACAGGAUACGUACGACGACGAUUUUGAAAUUGAGAAAAAGUGAAAAAGAAGAAAUUUUGUUGAUUAAAAUUAGUACUUUCAGCCAAAUGUCGUGCAGUGCAGACUGUCAAUAAAUGAGAACGAUUUUCAAAAAUUUAA